CAGUCUCUCAACACCAAUCUAUUCUUCCUUUUCAUCCUCUUGUCGAUGGAUAUUGAGUCUUCUAAAGUUAAAAAAGCAUCCGUUCUCUCGGAUAUACUGCUUUGGACCUCCCACUUGUAUUCAUUGCCUUUGCGUUCGGACAUACACUUCCGUUUGGAUUCAAUGCCAACUUUGAUUCCGACACCAUAUACCCCUCAGUUGGCAGAGCAUGCACCUAUUUCCUGAAUAACUCAGCCGCUUCAUGUCUUACAAAGUUAAUGGAUCCUGCCCCGAUGACAAGCUCCUGGCCCAAAAGCUUCUCCUCAAGGGUUGUGAGCCCUCCCUCGACGCCCUUGCCGCCCCUCCUAUGUAUGCCGAACCAUACCCUCUUCCAACCAGCUUAUGGACCACGCCGUCCGACAACUCCGCUGUAUGGACGGCUUACACUUGCAAGAACUUCGAAUGUCUCGUUAACCCAAAGCAUAGGGAAAAGAGAUUCAGCAAUUGUAAAGAUUGUUUCGAUCUGCAAGCAGUUGAGAAAACUCGUUGGGCCGUAUUUGGAGGUAAUUAUCGAGGACUUGACUUCAGCAUCGACGAAGUAUUGGCAAUGAAGAAUCCCGGCACGAUACGUAUCAGGCUCGACAUUGGAGGUGGAGUGGCUACUUUUGCUGUGAGAAUGAUGGCAAGGAACAUAACCAUUGUUACAACCUCCAUGAAUUUGAAUGGUCCAUUCAAUAAUUUCAUCGCCUCGAGAGGGGUUGUGCCUCUGUACAUUAGCAUUUCUCAAAGGCUACCGUUCUUCGACAACACGUUGGACAUCGUGCAUUCCAUGCACGUAUUGAGUAACUCGAUUCUGACGACAUUGCUGCACUUCUUGAUGUUUGAUAUCUACAGGAUCCUCAGGCCCGGGGGGUUGUUUUGGCUCAACCAUUUCUUCUGUGUGGAAGAGCAGUUCGAGGAGCUUUACAAGCCGCUAAUAGAGAGCAUUGGAUACAAGAAGUUGAAGUGGGGUCGUGGGGAAGAAGCUCGAUCGCGGUCCGAGCGCAGAGAGAUGUACCUUUCGGCUUUGUUGGAGAAGCCAUUGAACAAAUCCUGGUGAUCAUCUUCCUUUCUUGAUUCAAUCAAACCGAGAUUUGACUUUUUGAUUUCUGCUUUUCUUAUUUUCAACGAAUGGUUGCAAUCCAUAUGGAGCAAAUUCAUCAGCAGAGAUGAAAAACUCACUGGCAUAGUAUUCUUUAUCUGUCCCCUGCGGUCCCGUUCCCCUUCUGUUGUCGUCUCUUAAUUCGGGUUGACAUUAGAUUUGCUAGUUCUCUCGUCUCUAGCAAACUGUACUCUCUAUUUGAGAUGAAGAGGAAAAUAUCAUUCUCUAAUUAACAUUAAACAACCAAAGAUCGAUGG